AUGCUCGUGCGGGCCCCUCGGCUCGCCAAAGUGCACUCGAACGCGGCUCCCGUCGCUCGCCCGACUGGCGGAUAUCACGCCGUGGAAGCGGCGACGCGGAGGGGGCGCGACGGAGACGGAAGGAGCGGCGGCGGCGCGCGUGCGACGGAGACGGCGAUAGCGGUGAGCGACGGACACGAAUGCGCCGCGUGCGGUGAAAGCGAAUUAAAUAUUUCAGCGUUGCAAUAA